UCAUCUCUGAGGGCUGAUUUACCUUUUAUUUAUUUUUAGAGUAAGCGCAUACACACUGUCGCUCGUUGCUUGCAUUUUAGAAGUACUGAUAUCAAUCCCGUUCGAGCCUCGUUGAUCUGGGAAGUCUGAAUCUGCAGAAUUCUUGUGAAAAGUUGAGCUGUUUCUUAGUUGCUUCAGUUUUUGUCAAAAUGAUGCGGGCAGUGUGUGUUGAUGUACCUGGAGGACCGGAAAAUCUGCUGCUCCGGACUGUUCCCAGACCUCAACUUAAAGAUGGAGAAAUCCUGAUUAAUGUUCAUGCAGCUGCUCUCAACAGGGCAGAUUUACUACAGAGGCGAGGCCUGUACCCUCCUCCCCCCGGUGAGAGUGAUAUUAUCGGCCUGGAGGUCGCUGGUACCGUGCACACACUGGGCCCUGGAGUCAUGAGUCCCUGGAGGCCAGACGACAAGGUCAUGGCUUUGCUUUCCGGAGGAGGAUACGCUGAAUAUGUAGCUGUACCCGAGCAGCUCGUCAUGCCUGUUCCCUCCAAUCUGACGCUAUGCCAGGCUGCAGCCAUUCCAGAGGCCUGGCUCACUGCCUUCCAGCUCCUGGAUUUUAUAGCUCAGGUGAAGGAGGGUGAGGUGGUGCUGGUCCAUGCCGGAGCGAGCGGAGUCGGGACCGCUGCCGUCCAGCUGAUCCGUCUGUUUGGUGCCGUGCCCAUCGUCACCGCGGGGAGCGCAGAAAAGCUGAAGCUGGCCGAGGAAAUGGGAGCAGCAGCUGGAUUCAACUACAAAAAGGAUGACUUUGUGCAGGGAGUCCGUGACUUUACACAAGGUAAGGGAGCAAACGUCAUCCUGGACUGCGUUGGUGGGUCACACUGGGAGAAAAAUGUGAGUUCAUUAGCCAUGGAUGGAAGGUGGGUGCUGUAUGGCACCAUGGGAGGCAGGACAGUGGACGGAGAUCUGCUUGGAAAACUUCUCUCCAAGCGAGGCCACCUGCUCACCAGCCUCCUCCGAUCUCGCAGCCUUCAGUACAAGGCGGACCUGGUGAAGGCUUUCUCCCGCACAGUGUUGCCUCAUUUCUCAGCCCAGCCUGCCUCCUUGAGGCCAGUGAUUGACAGUACGUUCAACCUGGAGGAUGUGGCAGAGGCUCACAGACACAUGGAGGCAAACAGAAACUUGGGAAAGAUUGUCAUUAAUUUAAACAAGCAGAUUUAGAGAUGAACACCAAUAAUAUUAAUGGAUGUAGUUUUAAGUAGUCUUGAGUCAUUGGUUUGUAUCAUAUGACAAUGAUGACAGGAUAAUGUCUGAUUUUACUGCAGCUGUACAACACAGCACCAGUGGAAAACUGUUUGACUUUACAUAAAAUGAGUCAGCAAUCAUUUUCACUUUUCCUUUUUACUGUUUGGAGAAUAAGUGGACAUUAUCGGUACUAUUUUAAAAUCAAUAAAAAUGGAAUUCCCCUGCAUUGUGAGAUGU